GCCGGCAGAUCUGCGCGACUUGCAGUCCAGUAACACUCCAGCUUAAUAUCAGUAAAACUCGCUUUUCUAACUGCUGAGCGCCUAUCGCGUCUCCUAAAUCCUCCGUCACCAUGUCCUCUCUGGGCACUCUGGCAUUUGAUGAAUAUGGCAGGCCCUUCAUCAUCAUCAAAGACCAGGACAAGAAGACUCGGCUAACGGGCAUUGACGCAUUGAAGUCUCACAUUAUGGCAGGCAAAGCAGUCGCUUCUACGCUGAAAACAUCUUUGGGACCGAACGGUCUGGACAAAAUGAUGGUUGACAAGGAUGGAGAGGUGACCGUCACCAACGAUGGAGCCACUAUCCUCAGCAUGAUGGACGUGGACCACCAGAUCGCCAAGCUCAUGGUGGAGCUGUCCAAGUCCCAAGAUGAUGAGAUUGGCGAUGGAACUACUGGAGUUGUCGUGCUGGCUGGAGCGCUGCUGGAGGAGGCCGAGCUGCUGCUAGACCGAGGAAUCCACCCCAUCAGAAUCUCCGAUGGUUACGACCAAGCUGCACGCAUAGCCAUCGAGACGCUGGACAAAAUGGCCGAAAGUUUUCCCUGCGACCCCAACAACACCGAGCCCCUCAUCCAGACCGCCAUGACAACGCUGGGCUCAAAAGUAAUUAACCGGUGCCACAGACAGAUGGCUGAGAUCGCAGUGAACGCCAUCCUCACCGUGGCCGACAUGGAAAGGAAGGAUGUGGACUUUGAGCUCAUCAAGGUGGAGGGCAAAGUAGGAGGAAAGCUGGAGGACACACAGCUCAUCAAGGGCGUUAUAGUUGACAAGGAGUUCAGCCACCCUCAGAUGCCCAAGGCUAUAAAAGAUGCUAAAAUUGCUAUUUUAACCUGCCCGUUUGAGCCUCCAAAGCCCAAGACCAAGCAUAAGUUGGAUGUGACCUCAGUUGAGGACUACAAGGCCCUCCAGAAAUAUGAAAAAGACAAGUUUGAGGAGAUGAUCCAGCAGGUUAAAAGCACUGGUGCUAACUUGGCCAUCUGCCAGUGGGGCUUUGAUGACGAGGCGAACCACCUCCUGCUGCAGAACGAGCUGCCGGCUGUGCGCUGGGUCGGUGGGCCGGAGAUCGAAUUGAUAGCGAUAGCCACCGGGGGCAGGAUCGUGCCGAGGUUCUGCGAGCUGACGCCCGAGAAGCUCGGCGCCGCCGGCUUGGUGAAGGAGAUCUCCUUUGGCACGACCAAGGACCACAUGCUGGUGAUCACGGAAUGCAAAAACACCCGGGCUGUGACCAUUUUCAUCCGCGGCGGCAACAAAAUGAUCAUCGAGGAGGCUAAGCGUGCUCUCCACGAUGCUCUGUGUGUGAUCCGCAAUUUGGUCAGAGACAACCGUGUCGUGUACGGAGGCGGGGCGUCAGAGAUCGCGUGUGCUCUCGCUGUGAACCAGGCCGCAGAUAAGUGUCCAUCAUUGGAACAGUACGCCAUGAGGUCGUUCGCUGAUGCUCUAGAGGUCAUCCCGAUGGCUUUGGCUGAAAACAGCGGGCUGAACCCCAUCCAGACCAUGGCUGAGGUCAGAGCCAGACAAGUCAAGGAGAACAACCCUUUCCUCGGCAUCGACUGUUUACACAAAAACACCAACGACAUGAAGCAGCAACACGUGAUCGAGACCCUGAUCGGCAAGAAGCAGCAGAUAAUUUUGGCUAGCCAGGUGGUUAAAAUGAUCCUAAAGAUAGAUGACAUCCGAAACCAAGGGGAGAGCGAAGACUGAAGCUCUGAAGGAAAGCGGUUCUGGUGUGCUCUGCAGGGGAUGAACGUGUGAGCCGUUCCAGAGGUCUUUGGCACUUCCUCAAGCUCCGUGUCCACGUCGCACUGCGUGUUGCUAUUUAUCAUUUGAUACAAAAUGUUCAAGCUUUAUUCGUUACAAAGUCACCAAUAAAACGUUGCUCUGCCGAAAUUUCAA